CGGCCUCAUUUCUUCCACCCCGGGGCGGGCCGCGGCCAUCAGCCAAUCCGCCACGGCCGUGCCAGCCAGGCGAAAAGACCACCUCCUUUUUCCCUUGCAAUUUCCCUUUCCCUUUCCCAGCAGCCAGCCUUUGACCUCAGAUUCCCGCUCCAACCUUCGUUCGUUUCCCUUCCAGUCCAUCGCUCGCGUUCGCGUUCGCGUCGCAUAAAUAGACCUCUUUGGAACACCAUCCGCGCGGCGCGUCAAAGGAGAGGGAGGGAGAGAGAGAGAGCUCCCCACGAGCCUCAGCCCUCACGGUUGACCUGUAGCAGAAGCGGCGGCGGCGGCGGCGGCUAGGGCGGUUGCUGCUCGUGGCCAGCCUUUGGCCAGAGCAUAGCGCAAUGGCGGCGCAGUCUCUGUCCGUGCCCGUGCCCAUGCCCAGCUCCUUGGACCUCCGCGCGGCGGCGCCGUUCCUGGUUGCCGCGGUGGCUUUGUACUUCCUGAUGGAGCAGGUGUCCUACCACCGGAAGAAGGGGCCCCUGCCCGGGCCGGCGCUCGUGGUGCCGUUCCUCGGCAGCGUAGCGCACAUGAUCCGCGACCCGACGGGGUUCUGGGACGCGCAGGCGGCGCGCGCCAAGCGGUCCGGCGCGGGCCUCGCCGCCGACUUCCUGGUGGGGCGGUUCGUGGUGUUCAUCCGCGACUCGGAGCUGUCCCACCGCGUGUUCGCCAACGUCCGCCCCGACGCGUUCCACCUCAUCGGCCACCCCUUCGGCAAGAAGCUGUUCGGCGACCACAACCUCAUCUACAUGUUCGGCGAGGACCACAAGGACCUGCGGCGGCGGAUCGCGCCCAACUUCACCCCGCGCGCGCUGUCCACCUACGCCGCGCUCCAGCAGCGCGUCAUCCUGGCGCACCUCCGGCGGUGGCUCGACCGGAGCGGCGGCGGCGGUGGCGGGGCGUUCCCCAUCCGCGUGCCCUGCCGCGACAUGAACCUGGAGACCUCGCAGACGGUGUUCGUGGGGCCGUACCUCGCCGGGGAGGCCCGGCGGCGGUUCGAGCGGGACUACAACCUCUUCAACGUCGGGCUCAUGGCGCUGCCCAUCGACCUGCCCUGCUUCGCGUUCCGGCGCGCCAGGGAGGGCGUGGCGCGGCUGGUGCGCACGCUGGGCGAGUGCGCGCGGCAGAGCAAGGCGCGGAUGCGCGCCGGCGGCGAGCCCGAGUGCCUGGUGGACUUCUGGAUGCAGGACACGCUGCGGGAGAUGGACGAGGCGGCGGCGGCGGGGCGCCCGCCCCCCGCGCACACCGACGACGAGGAGAUCGGCGGGUUCAUGUUCGACUUCCUGUUCGCGGCGCAGGACGCGUCCACCUCGUCCCUCUGCUGGGCGGUGUCGGCGCUGGACUCCCACCCGGAGGUGCUGGCCCGCGUGCGCGCCGAGGUGUCGGCCGCCUGGUCGCCGGACUCCGGCGAGCCGAUGACGGCGGAGACGAUCCAGGGGAUGCGGUACACGCAGGCGGUGGCGCGCGAGGUGGUCCGGCACCGGCCCCCCGCGACGCUGGUGCCGCACAUCGCGGGCGAGGCGUUCCAGCUGACGGAGUGGUACACGGUGCCCAAGGGCGCCAUCGUGUUCCCGUCCGUGUACGAGUCGUCGUUCCAGGGGUUCCCGGACGCGGAGGCGUUCGACCCGGAGCGCUUCUUCUCGGAGGCGCGGCGGGAGGACGUGGCGUACAGGCGCAACUUCCUGGCAUUCGGCGCCGGGCCGCACCAGUGCGUGGGGCAGCGGUACGCGCUGAACCACCUCGUCCUGUUCAUGGCGCUGUUCGUGUCGGUGGUGGACUUCCGGCGGGAGAGGACGCCCGGGUGCGACGACCCGGUGUACAUGCCCACCAUCGUGCCCAAGGACGGCUGCUCCGUGUACCUCAAGCAGCGAUGCGCCAAGUUGCCGUCGUUCUGAGAAUCCUGAGCUGCCUUCUUGUCCUCUUGCGCUCCUGCCUCUGUCUCUCGGUUCCGCUGCCGCUUCGUGGUUCUUGCCUGCUCCUUCCCACAUUUUUUUUU